UUGUGUGACGGAAAAGGCAAAAGGAAAAGAAAAAAAAAAGAUGUCAAAGGUGUUACACUGUGACCGCGUGUUUGUGACAGGAAUAUGGUUUCGUGUGAAGGCAUUUCACAAUCUUUUUGCGCAUCAUCAGCUGCAAAGUGGAAAACAACCCCCGUCCCCACGGGCACAGGAAAAAUGCCGGAUUGCAAUAGGAACGUUUAGUUUUUUUUUUUUUGGGGUGGCUUUUCAUUGUUGAACCGGAAAGUGCAUAUGCCAUCGCCGUAUCGGGUUUUUGUGCAACGUGUGACACCCCCGUGUGUUGGGACGUGUGUGAUUCUAUCGUGGGGGAGUGUGCGUGUAUGCAAGUUGGGGGUUUUUUAAACGCGUUUACAGGAAAAGUGAUAGGAGAGUUUUGCGAAGGAAAGUUUUUUGUGAUAAUUUGUGACCCAUUCGCGCUGUGCUGGAAUCUAAGCUGCGGCGAAGCCGCAUGAACUCUUUUUCCUCUUCGGUCGCCCCCCUUUUGCGCACACACAUAGAAAAAAACAUAAACCGUACACAUACAUCGAAAGCCGCGGUUGAUAGAGCCACGUUUGUUGACGUUUCUACCGGCAGCAUAAUGUCAAGAAGAAGUGUGUUACACCAACCUCCCCACCACGGGUUGGUAGUGGUGGUGGUGGUGGUGUGGUGAUUGUGCAGCAGUAGAUAGGGCACCCGUGGGGUUUUAAACUUGACAGUUCUCAGUACAUCUCUCGUUCACUUCUAAACACGGCAUACAUCACCUUCUACUUAGCGGAACGAUUACAAAUCCGACCGCUGUCUACUGCGUUUUGUUGUUCUUUGAAAGUGUGUUUUAGAGAGAGAACCGGACCCGGGGCCACAUAAACCUAUACCGGGAGCUAUCAUCAUCUUUCGCGCAUACAAAGUGUCGUCGCGAUUCGUGGCCUCGCGACAGUCCGCACGUUCUCUGUGUGUAUUUUGCGCUGUUCGCGCUGCACGGGACAGCUCAGCCGGUGCGCGCGUGUAGACACGCGAGAGGGACGUGGUGUGUGCGCCUUUGUGUCUGUGUUUGGUGGUGUGUGGGGAAGAGGACGAGAAAUAUUCGGGCACGAAAAAAAAGGCCCCAAAGGAAGCAACAGAGAACGUAGAGAGACUAACAACAAUAAGAAAAAAAAAUUCGCGAAGAAAAACAAUUCACCACACACACACACACACACGGCAAAGCAAAGCAAAAAAAAACGCAGCCAGACCGGGGACUUAGAGCUGAGUGCUGCUUUUUAUUGUUGUUGUUGCCUUCUUCUCUCCGUGGUUAAUAUUUAUCGAGUGUGUCGACCUUUCGGUGUAUAUACUUCUACGGUGGAGCUCCAUUUGUGUGUGUGUGUGUAUGCGUGUGUGUCCAUCGUUGGACGUGCAUAAUAUACAUUGUAUUUUCCACCGCCACCCCCCGCAACACAUGAGACGACAAAGUCUCGAUUACUGCGCGAUACCGAUAAUAGUGUGCGCGACCGGUUCACUUCGCAAUGUGUAUAACAUCAUCAUCAGGCCCUGGAUCAUUAACACCAUCACAAGACCACCACCACACUGCGUCCUCUGCGGGCCUUUCUAUAUAGGGAAGAAGAGUUCCCGAUAGUUAUUGAAAUCGACAGUCACGAAUUUGGACUUUGAAACGUUCCGUGUUGGGACAGUUUGUGCAACCACAGAAAGGACAUUGUCUCGUCGCCGCUAGAGCUCUCGAGACACAUCACCAUCCUGCAAAGCACAGGAAAUAACUUUUGAAAGGACAAUUGUGUGCCGUUACGUGGAAAAUUUUUAGCCGCUGCAUGUACGGAUAUGUUUCUUUAGAAAUUGUCAUAACGGCUUCCCCCGAUCCCCUGACCGCGUAGGAAAGUUACGGAAAACGGUGUUUUUUUUGUGUGUUAUUAGUUUCGUGUGAAGCUUGUUGAACGUCACUGCAGCCGCGACCGGUACACGGGGUACCUUCCCUGUUUUCCCUCACCCCCACCCCUCACCACUAUCCCUUAUCCACAAGCGGCGCCGUAUCGUCGGGUAGAAAAUUUCGCACAGUCUGGUGUGUCUACCAAAAACGAACGAUCGUCUGUAUAAGCGCACACACACACACACAGGAUUUCGACGUCGUCAUUCCCGCAAGAAGACAGCGGAAAGACCACCCGUGCAAAGAAGAAUCGAACGGAAGAGAGACAAACACAGCGGACAGAAACACCAAAAGCCGUAGUUAGAACAAAAGCAAGUCGCAAUUUUUUUUUUCGUGUGCUUGCUUGUACGUUGCUACUCGGUGGUGAAGAAUUUAACACAAACCGUACGCGAAACAGCCACAAUCGGCAAACCGUUUUUAGGUUAGAGUUUUCUCCUCCACCCUCCCCGCCCCGGUUCCCAAAUCCACGAUCACCUCUCACCUUAAGGUGCAAAAAAACCGAAUCUUGAAGCUACGGCCACAAGUAGACACAUCUCUACAGCAAAAAAUGGGACCACACGGAACAACAACGGCAACCUCGGUGGUAACACUCGGCACGGCUAUGGUCACCAACACCACGAAUCCGACCGCCCUCGGCAUUGACCAUCUUUCCUGCGAAGAGAUCAUCUACGAGGAGGUGGACAAUCGGUUCGCGGAACCGGAUCCCAACAUGAUCAUGGACGAUCGUAUCAUCAAGAAUCUGAUACGGUUAGAACGGUUGACCAUUCCACAUUGCAACUAUUUCGCGACGGUGCAGCAAAAUAUUAAACCGAACAUGCGGAAGAUCGUCACCACGUGGAUGCUGGAGGUUUGCGAAGAGCAAAAAUGCGAGGAGCAAACGUUUCCACUGGCCGUGAAUUUCUUCGACCGCUUCCUGUGCGCCCUGGCGAUCAAUCGCCACCACCUGCAGCUGCUCGGAUGUUGCGCCCUGCUGCUGGCGUCGAAAAUUCGCCAAUGUCAGCCAUUAACAGUGGACGUGCUCAGUGCCUACACAGACCAUGCGGUUUCGCCGGAUCAGAUAAGGAGCUGGGAGCUGCUGUUGAUCAGCAAGCUUGAAUGGAACAUCAACGCGGUGACAGCUUACGACUUUGUAGACCACAUUCUGGAACGCUCCAAAUGGGGCUCGGAUGAUUCCAGGCUGCGCGAACAUGCGCACACACUCAUACACGUCUGCAACACAGAAACCAUCUUCAUGCAGGUGGAACCAUCGUUGCUGGCCGUAUCCUGUAUUGCGUCGGCCACACGCGGUCUGAACGUAUCGACCAAGCUCGCGGUUGGGUACGACCUCUGCCGGCUAACGAUGCACGCGCUGGAGAAGAUCGAUUUGAUUGUGAAAAUCAUCGAAGACAUUGUGGCGCGCGAAAUCGCCGAUAAGCAGAUCCAGCAGCAACAGGUCGCCCAACAGCAGGCACAACUGGCUGCGGCCGGUAGCAGCUGUAAGGAGCAGUAUCAGCAGGCUCCCCAGAGGUUGGCCAACAACGCGACCAACAGUACGACGGUACCGCCCCAGCAACAGCAACCGGAAACACCGACGGACGUACAGUACAUUUAUUUCUAAUAUGGAGCAUACCCCUCGUCUAGAGAGAGCCUACCCGUGCUUGUGUGCGCCUUGUUGUUGAUUGUGUAUGCAAACAUAUGCGCCGUGUCUGCAUGCAAACCUCGUAAUAAGCAACUCUUCAAAAUCUGGCAACCAAACUGUUCAAUCAUACGAUCCUCUUGGAGCAGCAAGCAGCAGCUGCUUCUUCGCCUCACGAGAACUACUGUCGUCUUCAUCGUUCGUGGUGGAAUUAGUAUAACUUAUAUCGGGCCCGGGCCAUAACACCUUCUCAACCUCUCUGGGGUAACAACCCAUUCAAUGAAGGUGCCGCAGAGAUCGUUUUUUUUAGAUUGAUAGUCGCAGCAAGAGCGAUAUUGAGAGACAGAGCGAGCGAGAGAUGUUGACCAAAAAUAUCGAAGGAUUUAGCAAACAUGGAAAACAAACAGAAGGGAAGGAAAAUAUUAAAACGCACAGCGCAUAGUUUUAUACGCUCGGCCUGGAAUACGGUGACCUUUCCCGAAGCACUGGGUAGGAGUAGUAGGAGAGAGGGAGUGUAUUUGUAGAUGUUUUAUUUGUAAAUAUUAGUAUAACUAGUUUAGAUUUUUUCACCCAUUUCCCUUCAUCCCCAUUCCCCGUUCCUUCUACGAAUUUCUAUCAAUUGCCCUAGUUUUUUUCUUCUUUAUUUUCUUAUGCUAUUUUUAAUCAAUUCUCAUUGAUACGAAGUUACAAGAAUUCUUAUUUUUGCGUUCUAUUUUUUGCUAUGUUCGAUUCUAUGAAACUGUUGAAAAUUUAAAAGAAAAAAGAAAGACAGAGCAAAAACAACAACAGUGUGCCCAUAUUUGAAAUUUUCACAACAUUUUUCGUUACUAUGUACAUGAAUCGAAACUAUUUUAUUAUCGUUUUUUUUUUACAUAUAUAACAUCUCCGCGUGUCGAGCACUCACGAGCGCGCGCGCGCUCGUGAUAUCGCGAUAACAGCGCGACAAUGUACAAAAGAUAUGCUUGUUUACCCAAGACCUAGAGAGCAAAAGAGAGAGAGAGAGAGAAAUGAGACAGUAUAGAGAAAAAAGAAGAAGCAAGAGAAAGUAAAUACGCGUAUAAAUGUCGCGAUCGUGUCUCUCUGUGUGGCUGCGCCAACCCAAUAGCACACAAACGCACGCGCAAGGCCGGAUAGCAUUUAAAGGGAUGGUUGAAGAAGAAUGUGCGCUCCACCGCAGUGAGUGUAAUAGGCCAAAAAGCGCAAAGAAGAAAUGUGCGCGCCACCCCAAAAAGAUAAGAAAACUACACAUAACGGGACGUUUGAGGGAAUGAAGGUGCACCCCAACCCCAACCCCCCCGAUACUUGCAUUUCGGUAGUCGGGUCCGAUAGGAAGUUGGCACUGUUUUUCUUUAUCUGGAAGUGUUGGUGUUUUUUUUGUAUUUUCUAAGAAAAAACAGAAGGUGUUGCGGAUAUCCGUGACGACGAGUCCCGCGGUAGGUCACCACUCGAUAUAACAACCCUGAGGGGGGAGGGAGGAGCGCCCCCUUUUUUCCGUGCCGUUGGCUACUCCGUGCGUUUAGUUGUCGAUUUGUAAAUAAUAGGGCCCUAUGUGUAUGCGACAAGAAAACACUGUGGCGCGCAGCACAGGAAAGAGGAGGGAAGGUGUUGUCGAGGGUGGAUCAGGCGGGGUGGAUUUCAUCAAUGAACUAGUUCUAGCUAAAGAUCAGGCACGUAACAACACGAGUUGCUUGUAUUAUUUACGAAAUCAUCAAGAAAAGAUACCUUUUCUCGUACUCUUUUUGAUUCAGUUUCAGUUUUUUAUAUCUUUGAAUCUGUUACGUUUCUUCUGCCAUUUUAUAUUACUUGUUCUUUUUUCCUUUCAUUUAAUACUUCCGGUUUUUUUAAUUGUAUAUUUACUACAAUCCCAACAUCUUUUUUAUAACAAGUAUCAACUGUUUUGGUAAGGCCGCAGAAGAAAGAUGAUAAAGUUACGUUUGAAUACGAAUAUUUUUUUGUAGGUUUAUAAAGAAAAUUAACAAAAAAAAGGAAAAAGCGUGAGACAUAUAAAGUACGGAUAAAGUGAGACAAAAAAAAACAUACAAAAACAAAACGGAAACCAGAUACGCUUUUGAUGAUAAGUAGUAAAAAAAAUGGUGCGUCACGAUGCGCGUUAAAUUCUACACAGUAGUAAGUAGUAGGUCCUAGAAGAAAGUGUCCGAUCUGUAUAUCUCAACUGCUUUCAACACCCAAUCACACACACACACAGAGACACAUAUAUGCUGACACGGUUAGUAUAUUCAGAAACAGUUCAGAAGUUUUUGACAGGUUUAAGUAAAAGACUCCCAUACAAAGACGUACCUUAUCUCGGUACCUUUUAUACCGCUUUUCACUAGUUUGGUCGCAUCACUCUGAUAUCCCAUCGCGUACGAAGUACAACGAACUACAGGUGUAGGAAAAGGAAAGUGUAGAAGGUGCAUCGAAUGCAGUAGACACACAUGCGUAAGGGUAGUGUUCCAGUUAAUUUUCUUCCUUUGGGGAUCGUACGUUGGGUGGGGGAGUUGCAUUUGUGUGACACGAUAAGCAUAGAUGAUUGCGCACAGUUGCACACACACUCGAUUACAUGAAUCUAUUUCACCCUUUUUGUACGAUUCAUUUUUAUUUUCUUUUGAAUUGGAAACAUUUCUUUACAUCUUACAUUUUUAUUGCAUUUUUUUGUUUCUUUUAUUGUUUUUUUUUUUACUUGGAUUUACUGAAGGAGGAAAACGUUCUGUAAACAUGCUUACGAUCAAUACAUUUAUUUAUUUACACAACACAAUCUUGAAGAUUACAAAACAACGAGCAACGAAAAAAAAACAAAAUAAACGUAAAACAAAACUUAAACUGAGCUGCAAAAUAGGGAAAAACAAACGGAAACUUACUGCAAACAACAAAAACUAGCAAUAGAAAGCAUCCAUACGAAUGAAACGAUGGAAAAUGACUGGCUAACAUAGAAAACGAAAGACUACUAAAUAGACUAGUGAACAUCAAAAAAGGUAUAUCAACACACAACACACACAACGAUGCAACUGUUUGCUGCGUGGCAGAGAUGUUAGAUGUAGGAGACUUAGUAAGGACGAUUAAUUGUACAUCUGCUAAGGUAGUAGCGUUAUGUUAGAGUUUAUAUUUUUUUAAAUUGCCAAAGAAGUAGUAAGCUAGCAUAUGUAGGAUCGGAAAGCAUCAAAGGGGACGAAGAACAACGAAAAGAGCGAAAAGAACCUAGUUUUGUAGUGUAUAAGUGAGAGGAAAGGGAAAUCAUGUUAUAGUAAGACCCCCCCUUAUACUAUUUAGGAUAAAGUGUGAAAGGGAGAGAGAAGUACAGUUAACGGUAGUGAGAAAGCCUACACUUCAACUUAUACUAGCAACUACAACCACACAAAACAACACCCCCUACGUAGCUAAGCAUGGAUAAUGAUCAGGAACAUCAACACCGUUAAACGAUCGAGCGAGGCCAUUACACAACAUAAUACAAUUACUUAAAACAACAGCAACAAGAAAAGAAACAUUUAACACAUACACACAUCCCUAGGUUUUAAGUUGAAAAUGUUUUUCUUUCCGAGUUUAGGUGAAAAAAUAAUUAAAAAACACACACAGACACGCGACGACAAACACCAGUUAUAUCAGUAAUCACUAAGACGAGCUAUCAUUUGUAAAUUUUUGUGUGUUGGUUGAUAGGGAAGUAAGAUUAAUUUGUCUAAUGUAAGGAUGGUACGGUUGCUACUACAACGCAAGCAGAUAUAUUUUCAUUUUUACGUUAAUACAAUUAUUGUUCCAGCUUGUCGUAACCAUUUUUAGCCGUGUAAUAGGCCCUCCAUUAGCAUUGUUUCGUGUGCGAUUCAUCUCGCGCACAGAGCAAAAGAUGCACGAGACUUAUUUUUUAGGGCAGAACGAUCUCAUUACUUGAUAGGAUUAAGAGAGAAAAAAAACAACAUACAACACUACAUGAUAGAACUGAAGGGAGAGAGAUAGAAAUAGGGAGAAGUCGAAAGUAGAAAAGGAAAAUAGGAAGGAUAUUGUUGAACGUCGUCUACUCCGGGAAGGGAGGUGUACAUACAACAGCAGUAAUAGUUAUAAAUAAUAGAUAGUUCAUAGGAAUAUUUGUAACGGAAAGCAUUCUUAGCAGUUGCGUAGAGUAUAGGACUUAAGGAUAAGAAAAUAUUCCUACUACCACGAAGUAGAAGAUUUAAAGUGGUACUAAAAGCGCACCAUUAACCUACUUAAAAGCGAGGGCGUAAACAGUUUUACUUUCUUCAAUGGGAAACAAUUUGUUUGUUUUAGUAACAGCGGAAGUUUUUCUUACAUUUCGUUUUGGUAAUUGAUCUGUUAAGGGGUUUUUCGUAUUCUCUUAUUUUCUUUACUGUUUUGUUUCUUUUGACAAAAAAUUUUCAAUUUUUUUUGUUAAUCUAGUCUUAAAUAAGAGAAUUUAUAUUAAUUUAUAUGAUCAUAUAAACGAAAAAAAAACCAAAACCAAAUUGUCAACAACAUUAUAACAUACAAGGUGUAACAGAGGAAUGGAAGACAAGCGCAAGACAAUUGAGGAACAGAGUAAGAGACUAAAGUUUGAAAUUGUUUAGGGUUGCCUCAUUUUUUUUU